UACAGGAUCCGAAACCGCAUCAUCGUUUGUGUCCAAGUACAUCCAAUCAGCAAGUGCAGAUUCUGUAUAUGAAGUGAACUAUGAUGAUAACUCGAUGGAAGGUUCGCUGUCUUCUAGUAUGGAUUCUAUGCAGCAUAAAGCAUGGAUUGCAGACGUAUCGCCAUCAGCUGAUGACAUGACAUUACAAACUGAAGUAUGGAGCUGGGGGAAGGGUAACCUUGGACAGCUGGGACAAGGUGAUUUACUAGACAGAAUUCAGCCGACCUUAAUCAAGACACUUAGUGCUAAGAAUAUAAUUCGUGUGGCUUCAGGUUCUGCACAUUCUAUAGUGCUUAGUAGCAGUGGACAGGUGUAUUCCUGGGGUUCAAACAACGAUGGUCAGCUUGGUCACACUGGUCAACUUGCACCAAAGAGAGUUAAGGUACCAUCCAAUGUACCAGUAUGGGAUAUAGCUGCUGGUACCAACCAUACAUUACUACUUGCUGAUGGACAAUCCUAUCAACCAGAGAUAUAUUAUAUUGGAAGACAACCAGGUCUGCAAGAGUUGCAGAGUUUUAUUCGACCGGCCACUCCUGAUAAAGACGCUGUGAAGCGGAGGUCUACCAUACCAAAGGGACCCACGGUCAAAUAUGUACCUCGGGUGAAACAACCAGAAAGACUGCAAUUUGUGAGAAGGCUGGGUUGGGUAAGAAGUAUAGCUGCAGCAGGUGACCAAUGUGCAUGCAUUGUUGAUAAGAACUCGAGUGGAUUUGUCUCAAUUUUACAUGAAUUUGCUUCCACUGAAAGAAUGUUUUACCAACAACUAGUAACAUUGAAAGGACAAAUAUUUAAAUCACUCCUGUCAACAGAAUUCUUCAAGCCAUUGGAGUCAUCAGUGUAUGGUCCACCACUGAAAGAAAUUGCAGAUGCAUUUGGUGUUAUCUCCAAUAUUGUGGGUAGAAACUCGAUACAAAUAACGGCAGUUGUUCAGAACAACCAAGAUCUCUUUGAUCUGAGUAUACUGAGUAAUUACAAAGAGUCAAUCGAGGCGUUUGAUAGAUAUGGUAGUUACUUUGCCAAUCUCACCGCCAUUGCAGUCUUCCAACAUAUCGGCACAAAUUUAGGUGAAUUUCUAGCAAAGCAUGACACGUUGCUUAAUGAAUUGGUGGGAGAAGAAGAAAAACAACCAAACACUGUUGCUGCAUUUCAUUAUGUUUUAUUGUCACCUGUUAAGAGAAUAAAAGAAUACAGUCGAUUAAUUGGACAGAUUAUGCAGCACUUCUCACAUAAUACCGUUGAACACAGUCAGCUGAGAGAAGUUGGGUCAACAUGGGAAACAUUGAAAAAUGUUAUUCAAAUUAGGUUAGGCGAUGCAGAGAAAACCAAGGCAUUCUGGGAAGGAUGUCCCCCUAAGUUAGCGGAACAACUAAAGACUCCAGAUAGAAGAAUAAUCAGAGAUAGUAAAACGUUUACUCUCAAUCUUGCCUCUGCAUCUAGAUUUUCGAGUAACUGUAAACUAUCCCAAUUGGCUGACAAUGAGCUGUUCCAAUUGGUUGAAAGUAAACUAUUCCAAUUGGCUGAUAUUAAACUAUUCCAAUUGGCUGACAUUAAACUAUUCCAUUUGGCUGACAUUAAACUAUUCCAUUUGGCUGACAUUAAACAAUUUCAAUUGGCUGACAGUAAACUGUUGCAAUUGGCUGACAGUGAGCUGUUCCAAUUGGCUGACAUUAAACUAUUCCAAUUGGCUGACAUUAAACUAUUCCAACUGGCUGACAGUAAACUAUUUCAAUUGGUUGACAGUAAACUAUUCCAAUUGGUCGACAGUAAACUAUUCCAAUUGGCUGACGGUAAACUGUUCCAAUUGGCUGACAGUAAACUAUUCCAAUUGGCUGACAGUAAACUGUUGCAAUUGGCUGAUAGUGAGCUGUUCCAAUUGGCUGACAGUAUACUAUUCCAAUUGGCUGACGGUAAACUGUUCCAAUUGGCUGACAGUAAACUAUUUCAAUUGGCUGACAGUAAACUAUUCCAAUUGGCUGAUAUUGAGCUAUUCAAAUUGACUGACAGUAAACUAUUCCAAUUGGUUGACAUUAAACUAUUCCAAUUGGCUGACAGUAAACUAUCUCAAUUGGUUGACAGUAUACUAUUCCAAUUGGCUGACAGUAAACUAUUCCAAUUGGCUGACAGUAAACUAUUCCAAUUGGCUGACGGUAAACUGUUUCAAUUGGCUGACGGUAAACUGUUUCAAUUGGCUGACAGUAUACUAUUCCAAUUGCCAGAUGGUAAACUGUUUCAAGUGGCUGACAGUAUACUAUUUCAAUUGGCUGACAGUAUACUAUUCCAAUUGGCUGACGGUAAACUGUUUCAAUUGGCUGACGGUAAACUGUUUCAAUUGGCUGACAGUAUACUGUUCCAAUUGGCUGACAGUAAACUGUUCCAAUUGGCUGACAGUAAACUAUUCCAAUUGGCUGACAGUAUGUUUCAGUUUUCGGCAUCAUUUUCUUCACAUCUGUCGUAUCCACUGGCAACAGUAUGGGCUGAAGCUGUACCUGACUCGGAUCAAGCACAGCAUGCUAUUCAAUUGAAUAUGCCAGAAGCUUCUCUCUUGGUGAGUGCGCCCUCAUCUGCUCAUAAAAAAGAAUGGUUAUGGGCUAUUAACCAAGCUAUUGAUACAAUUCUAACCAAUCAGAAGAAGGAACAGAAAAAGGACUCUACAGUCCCUGUCAUCACACCACCACCAGCGCAGCAGAAAACCGGAGUGGUGCCGCCGCUGACGAGACAUGGAAAGCAUGUCUUCCAAUCUGGUUCAAAAUAUAAAGAUGCCACUUAUGAUGGACUGUGGUUGUCUGGGAAACCACAUGGCAAGGGUAUUAUGGUAUGGCCGGAUGGUAGCAAAUACACUGGUAAAUAUAUACUUGGGUUACAACAAGGUCAUGGUAUGUAUAUCAUUCCAGCCAGUGAGGCUGGUAAAUCAGAUUAUAUGUACGAUGGACAGUGGUUGGAAGGAAAGAUGCAUGGUGCUGGUAUACUCAGAUAUCACAAUGGUGAUAUCUAUGAAGGUUAUUUCAAGGAGAACCAGCGUCAUGGACACGGUAUGCUACGAUGCGGCAGUCUGACCUCCUCUGCACCUAGUGUUUAUAUCGGUGAAUGGGUCAACGACAAACGCUAUGGUUACGGUGUUAUGGAUGACAUCAAUAGAGGUGAAAAAUACAUGGGAAUGUGGCAGGAUGACUAUCGUCAUGGCAAUGCACUGGUAGUAACGUUGGAUGGAGUGUAUUAUGAAGGGACAUUCAUGCACAACAAACUUUCUGGUGUUGGUUUGCUUGUGACGGAAGAUGGUACUUGUUAUGAAGGAGAAUUGGCAACUGGUCCAACCCUGAAUGGAAAGGGUGUGCUGCGUCUUCCUAAUGGUGACUUUAUUGAGGGUACAUUCACUGGUUUAUGGGGAGAUGGAAUUAAAGUGAACGGUAAUUUUAAUAAGGCACCACUUGAGACACCUGACUCUGCACGUGUUACCAGUGGUCAGUACGUUGUGGAGGCGGAAAACAAAUGGGAAGAGAUCUUUACUCACUGUAAGAGUACGCUGGGCUGUCAUGAUAAAAUAGUACCAAGUCCUCAUAAAGCAUGGGAAGCAGUUGCUGUGGCUUUGAGUGCUGGAAAGCGAGGACAGUUGGCUAACAGUAAUGAUGUACAAAGCAAGGAAGGAGCAGGAAGUAUAGACAGAUUAGAGAGAAUACCAGUGUAUGAUAUGGAUACGAUUUCAGAUGAAGACUACGUUGCGAUUCAAAACUACUUAGAAAAGGCAUUUGAGGUAGCAUUACAUCCCCUAGGACAGUUAGUUGCCAGUUUAGUUGAUGUCUACAGGGCUACUUAUGUUGGUAUUGGAGCAAACCGAAUACUGUUAACCUAUGCUGUAUCUGAAAUUAAAUCAUAUGUCACAAGGCUUUAUAAAAUUCUAAGGAUUUUAUUUCCUGGUUUGCCGAGUGAAGAAACCGAAGUGAAGCCAUCACAGAGUCCAACACGUGAGAAUCCAUAUGGAUACAGUUCCAUGCAUGGAUAUGCAGGAAUGCAAUUAUCACCUGUGGAAAAGAAUGAUGAAAAGAAACUUCACAUCACAAGUGCUGGUUUAUUACAUCCAGUGUUGCUGCCACGUCUCUAUCCACCGUUGUUUACACUCUAUGCAUUACAGAAUGAAAACCUUGAUGAUAAAUACUGGGAGAGGAUAUUGAGAUUGAAUAAGCAAUCUGAUAUUGCACUCAUGGCAUAUUUAGGAGUCAAUCUAAAAUUCUGGUUAUUUGAUGAUUCAGCCGUGUCAACUACAAAAAAAACAUUAUCUGAAACUAAAGAUGAGUGCUAUACUGAUGCAGUGGAAACUCUACAGCAAAUCAGUACUACAUUCAGUCCAUCGGAGAAGCUGAGAAUCCUGAGACAAACAUUUGAGACCAUAAACCAAUCUGUGGAGAAUUCUUUAAAGGAAGAACACAUGUGGUCCAUGGAUGACUUGUUCCCCAUGUUCCAGUAUGUGGUAGUUAGGGCAAGAAUUCGACACCUUGGUUCUGAAAUCCACCUUGUAGAUGAUUUGAUGGAGCCACAUCUAGCGAAUGGAGAGCUUGGAUUAAUGUUCACAACUCUGAAAGCGUGUUACUUCCAGAUACAGAACGAGAAAGUGGCUUUCUAA